CUUCACGUGAGAUGCUUCGUUUUUUUUGUCAGAAGCUUCGAAGCCUUGGUGCCGAACGUCACGUCACUAGAAAAUAGCAUAUAGUCUGUUUUUCUGUUUGAUUUACACGCGUUUCGAGCUUCGGCGUCGAACACAACAUGCACAGGAGAAAACGACACGAGCUUUGUUUCUUCUUUUCUUUUGAAUUCUUCAAAUCUAGUUUACUUUCACUUUCAUUGAUAAAUUGUUAACAAAAUGGCGUCGACAUGAAACUUUCGACAGAAUCUGGACUCUGGAAUCUGGUAAAACAAGUGGAGAAAUAAUGCUCAGUAUAUUUCUCACACUGUGUGUUUUGCUCCCAUAUGGUAAUGGUGUUUCUGAUGUUGAUGUCGACAGACAUCUGGUGUUGAUGUUGACCGUGAAGGAGGGAGCUUCAGUCACUCUACCCACAAAUGCUAAGAUAAACCAGAAAGACAGAAUUAAAUGGUUUUUUCAAAACACUCGUAUAGCUCAAGUUCUUGAACAUAUUAGUAGCUGUACAGAUGUUCAGUGUAAUGAAGGCACUGAGAGAUUCAGAGACAGACUGAAGCUGGAUCUGCAGACUGGAUCUCUGACCAUCAGCGAUAUCCAACCCGCAGACUCUGGACUUUAUGAACUACAGAUCAUCAGUAGCAUCACCAAUACUGACAGCCUUAAGAUCUUCAAUGUUACUGUCAGUGGAGCUGAAGUGUUUUUGAAGGAGGGAGAUUCAGUCACUCUAAACACUGGUGUUCAAACAAACCAACAAGACAGAGUUAAAUGGUAUUUUAAUAACACUCAAAUCGCUCAAAUCAACGGAGAUCAGAGUAAGAUCUGUACAGAUGAUCAGUGUAAAGAGAGAUUCAGAGACAGACUGAAGCUGGAUCAUCAGACUGGAUCUCUGACCAUCACACACACAACAAAAACACACUCCGGAGAAUAUCAACUACAGAUCUUCGGCAGCAACAUUGAAAAAACCUUCAGUCUAGAAGUUGAUGGUGUUUCUGCUGCUGGACGUGAUGAAGUGAAGACCGUGAAAGAGGAAGAACCGGUCACUUUAGAUUCUGGUAUAAUACAAAAAACAAUUGAUUUGAUCACAUGGUAUUUUAAUGACAUUGUCAUCGCUGAAAUCACUGGAGAUCAGAGUCAGAUCUGUACAGAUGAUCAGUGUAAAGAGAGAUUCAGAGACAGACUGAAACUGGAUCGUCAAACUGGAUCUCUGAUCAUCACACACACCACAAACACACACUCUGGAAUUUAUACACUAGAGAUCAACAUCAUCAGCAACAGCUUCAGUAUAAGGAGGAUGAAGAGCUUCAGUGUUACUAUGACAGCUACAAGUCGAAAUCCAUAUGUCCGUGCGGGAAUACUAGGUCUGGUGUUUGCUGCUGCUGCUGCUGUUGCUGCUGCUUUGAUUUACUAUCGCAAGCGUCCUGCAAACGAGACGCUAAGUGAUGUUUAAUACUCAACCGUUUGCAAAAAUGCGGAUCCUUCUAAAGACACAUGCAAUACUGAGACUGCCAAUCACAUAUCACUGUAACAUUAUUAUUUUGCUACAUUUAUUUAAUGAAGAUGGAUAAUGAGGGAAGAAGUCUCAAGUGUCUCAUGGGCAUACUUCAUAAACACUUUCAGUCUUGUGGACUGGCUGCCGUGUCCGUAAAUUCGAUUUCCACUUUUUCUCGUCUCCGUCAAUCCUCAUGCUUCCGUCUUUUUUUCUCUCAUCUGAUAAAGAAAAGGAGUGACGACAGAAGGAUGAGUAGUCGGUCCCCUGCCACUUUGUAUUGGUUUAAUUUAUGAUUAUAUUGUGUGAACUUGACUGUUCCUGCCUCCUUGUUCCCCUGAACCUUUUUUUAAAAGGCAGUUAUGCAUGAAAACAAGCAUUAAAGCAUGAACCAAAGUGACACUUAACUAGAAAUAGAAAAAGAAAGCCUUGGUUUCAUAGACAGGGUUUAGAUUAAGCCGGAAUUAGACCUUAGUUCAAUUAGGACAUUUAAGUAGCUUUUAUAAACAUGCCUUAAAAACAUAACUGGUGUGUAUCUUGAGAUGAAAAAAUGGCACAGACUAUUCUUUAGUACGACAUUUCAGUGCAAGUUGCUUUGUUUAAACAGCUAAACAAUGUGUUUUAGUUUGGGAUUUGAUUUAAGUCUUUUCUGGAAAACGUCAAACACUUGCCCCGGUUUCAAAGUCUGUAGAGGUUUAUUAAUUCUGCUAAAAAGAUCCAGACAGGAAUAGUGAGACCCUUGUUUUUGUUUUUUGUUUUUGUUUUUUUGCACUGAUUUGGUUUAACAUUGGUUAUUUUAUCCCAUCUAUGUUCGUCCUAUAGUAGCUGAUUGUUUUACCCUUCCAAGACUGCCAGUAUGAUCAAGAAGUGUAUUUGACAACCACGCUUCCCAAAUGCACAGUUGUGGAAUUUAAAGGAUUAGUUCAAUUUUUUAAAAAACUUUUGCUGAUAAUCUACUCACCCCCAUGUCAUCCAAGAUGUCCAU